UGAGUCCUGUGCACAGGGAGUGCAACAGGUAUAAUAAUUAACUGCGACUAUUAUUAUUAUUAUUAUUAUUAUUAUUAUUAUUAUUAUUUGCAGAUUUUUUUUAACGUAAGUAUAAAGCCAGAUAACCAACAGAGGAGACAUAUUUCGGAUGACGGAGUGGAUAUUGUCCUGUUUUUCUGCUUGGACUUUGUUUUUCUGUUUCAUUUAAUUAUAUGCUUUAAGUCACCAUGCGCCUCAUCCAGAACAUGUCUACUAUAGUGGAGUACCCCAGCUCGGAGUGCCUGUCCAACCGCGUCAUUAAGAUCGCCGUUCUCGGGGGCAGUGGAGUGGGCAAGACCGCUCUCGUUGUUCGCUUCCUCACCAAGCGCUUUAUCGGCGACUACGAAAGAAAUGCAGGCAACCUGUAUUCCAGAGAAGUCCAGAUCGACGGAGAACAAGUGGCUAUUCAAGUGCAGGACACACCUGGAGUCCAGGUAAACGCCAACGGCCUGAGCUGCACCGAGCACGUGAGAUGCUCCAUCCAGUGGGCCGAUGCCGUGGUCAUGGUCUAUUCUGUGACCGACAGUCAGAGCUUCGACCUCAUUAGUCAGCUCCAUCAGCUAGUCAGUCACGUGUAUGCUGAUAGACCGGCACCACCAGUUAUCCUGCUGGCCAACAAGGCAGACAUGGUGCACGUGAGGCGGGUGGAGGCUCAGCAGGGCCCGGCACUGGCCUUGGCACUCGGUUGCUCCUUCUACGAGGUGUCAGCCAGCGAAGACUACAGUCAGGUGCACGGAGCUUUCCACAGACUCUGCACAGAGCUUGCCAAACGACAGGUGCCAUUCAGCACCAGUACAAACGCAGCUUCAGCCAGCAACGAGAAGAAGAGGUCACCUCUCAUCCCCAGGCCCAAAUCCCCCAACAUGCAGGACCUGAAGAGGCGCUUCAAGCAGGUGCUGUCUGCCAAAGUGCGCACAGUCACCUCUGUGUGAGGGAAAAGAGGGAGGGACGAGCCCAGAUGUGGGGCUAGACAAGAUAAGAGCGCACGCUUGAGUGGCGGGGCGAAGAUCUCGAAGAUAGAGGCUCACUGAAGUAAAGUUGCAGUCUUGCUCUUGAGCAUGCCACAUCUAAACGGUGCUGAAAUCGGUGACCUCUGACUUGUGAACUUUGACCAACUUGGUGGUGGAGGGUAAAGCCACCUGUGCUGCUGUGACUGACUCGUACGAGAGCGGAUACAGCAGGAUACUCAGAACCGUGGCGUCUAAAUCCGCCUUAAUGAUGAAGAACGCAAAAAGACGAUCGGACUAAAUAAACAUUAACGUACGCACACACUGCGUUAUAUCUGCAGACAACUUCACCCGGCAACAGAGCUCGCGAAGGACAGAGGGCUGGGUAUUUUUAUCGACGCAGACGUUUUCUUUUUUUUUUGUCAAGGCUUUCAGCUCUCAGCAGAAACCAGCUGAAAGCAGGCAUUGUUAUAGGAACGAGGCACUAAAGGCUGAAGGCCACAAGCCAUAUGUGUUUCUGUGUGAAACUCUUCAGUGCCAAUUUGUACAAUUAUUUUUUUUAAAUGCACUUUACAUCAUUGCCCAGGGCUAAGGCUUGAUCUUAUUUAUUGUUUUGUGAUUGAAAAUAAAAUAUACUUGACUCUAUAAUUGAA